CCAUAACCAAGUUCGUAACGCGCGAAGUACAUGUCAAUAUUACAAUUGUUUUGAGUUCUGGAAGGUGAUAAAUAAGUGAGUGUUUUCUGUCGCUGUAACAACAAAUAUACCGUGUGUCCAUAACGUUCGUACAGUAGGUAUCUGUUUACAGUUGAUGGGAUAUGUCUCGCGAUAUCAGAUCUUUUUUCGCUCCGAAAAAGCUUGGUGAAGGAGAAAUCUCUUUCAAGGAAAAAGUCUUGUCGAAAUCGAAGCAAAAGAAAAGAUUAAUUUUGUCGGACUCGGAUUCGGAUGAUGGCUCGAGCAAGCACCCAGAGGUCAAAGUUUCGAAAAAGAAAAAACUUUCAUUAAACAAGGGGAAGGAGAAAACAAAUGAUGAAAAAACAUUAAAACCAAUUAAAGUUUCAGACGUAUUUGGAAGUGAUCAUAUCAAAAGAUCAACGGAGAAAACAGUGCCUACACCAAGCAAACAGGUGGCAAAUAAAGUAACUGUGAAUGUAAAAACUAAGAGUAAUGAAGAUUCCCUUGAAGGUGAACUUAGUGUGCCUUGGGAUGAGUUCGAUGAAAUCGAAUCGAAGUAUUGGAGCACGGAUAGAGAGCAUGCAGUGAAUGUUGACUCCUGCGAUAGCCCAAAGAAAAGUGGAGGAAAAAGACGCCAUGACCAAGAUCAACGAAAAAAGAAGGCUGCUUCAGAAAGUGAUGUGUCACCAACCAAGAAGAAGAAAGUAUCCACAGACGAAAACAGUUCGUCUAAGGUCACUGCUGACUCUUCCCUGGCCUCCCCUUCUAGUCGUUCUGCAGCAGUAAAUGACAACGCUCAGAGUAGUGGCACAGAGGAGGUGCAAGCUGAAAAAACACCUAAGGCAAAAAAGGUAAAAGAAAGGUCAGAUGAUAAUGCUGAUAGUAGUCAGAAAAGUAAGAAAGAGACACCUAAAGCCUCAGAUCAAGGCGCUUUAUCAGUUGAAAAGAAGAAGGAGCAUGCAAUGAAUUAUAUAAGAUACCUUAACAGAGAAGGACCAAAGCAUCGUGGAAGUAAAGUGAUACCAGAAGGUUCACCAAACUGCUUGGAAGGGCUUGUGUUUGUUAUUACUGGUGUACUGGAUUCUCUGGAUAGAGAUGAAGCCACAGAACUAAUUAAGAAAUACGGAGGACGUGUAACGUCAUCACUCAGUCGUAAUACAAGUUACUUACUUGUCGGCGAAGAUGCUGGACCAUCAAAGCUUGAAAAAGCAAAAUCAUUUAAUACAAAACAGCUAGAUGAGGAUGGAUUAUUAAACCUAGUUGUAGAACGAUCUACUGGAAGUGGACUUCAUAGCAGCUCUAAAGAAGACACAGGCAGAAAGGAUACAGAAAAAAAGUCUGGAAGAAAUCUAGCAAACAAAAAUACUAAACCCUUAAACUGUGAUUCAACGUCUGUUGUUUCUGUACUAAAAGUGAAAAGUAAUGAAGGUACUGUUCAUCACAUUCAUUCUGCACCAGCCAGCCUUAAAAAUUGUUCACAAAUGUCUAGUAGUCAGAAUAAUGGAAAUUUAAUGAUAAACUAUUCAACACCAUCAUUGUGGGUGGAGAAAUACCGACCAACAAGUUCAAAGCAGAUUAUAGGACAACAAGGAGAAAAGAGCGUAGUCAAGAAACUAAGUAAAUGGCUUGAAAAUUGGUACAAAAAUCGCACAGGUGGGAAAAAGUUUAAACCAAGCCCCUGGGCAAAAGAUGACGAUGGGAGCUUCUACAAAGCUGCUCUUAUUUCUGGUCCACCAGGAAUUGGAAAAACAACAGCAGCCCACCUUGUUUCUAAGGAACUAGGUUUCGAUAUUGUAGAGUUCAAUGCUUCAGACACAAGGUCAAAAAAGCUUUUACAUGAUGAAGUUACAGAACUUUUGUCUAGCAAGAGUCUGUAUGGUCUUUUCCAUGGAAAAGAUGGCCGUGUAGCACCUUCUGCUAAACAUGUGUUAAUAAUGGAUGAAGUAGAUGGAAUGGCUGGAAAUGAAGAUAGAGGAGGUAUUCAAGAAUUAAUUCAGUUGGUAAAAAGUACUCAUAUUCCAAUAAUAUGUAUUUGUAAUGACCGUAAUCAUCCAAAGAUUCGUAGCUUAGUAAAUUACUGCUUUGACUUGCGGGUACAAAAACCAAGACUUGAACAGAUACGAGGUGCUAUGAUGUCAGUUUGCUUUAAAGAAGGUUUGAAAAUUCCACCUGAUGCUCUAACUGAUGUUAUCACUUGUGCAAACCAAGAUAUUCGACAAGUUCUGAAUAAUUUGUCUAUGUGGUAUGUCAAUACGAAGAACUUGUCAUCAGAGGAAAUCAAAACUGAGGCACAAAAAUCAAAAAAAGAGUUUAAACUGGGACCUUGGGAUGUCCUCAGAAAGGUAUUUUCAGCUGAAGAACACAAGAAGAUGUCCAUACAUGAUAAAUCUGAUUUGUUUUUUUAUGAUUAUAACAUCAGCCCAUUAUUUGUACAAGAAAACUAUCUAAAUGUUGUCCCUGCUGCAGCAGCAGGUAAUAUUGGCAAGACACUGGAACUCAUUUCAGCAACUGCUGACAGUAUUAGUUAUGGGGACACAAUUGAAAAAGCAAUAAGAUCAAGAGGCUCGUGGAGUUUGCUGCCAAUGCAAGCAAUGUUCUCAAGUGUCUUUCCUGGUGACUAUAUGCAAGGUUAUAUUAAAAGUCAGAUUAACUUUCCCUCAUGGCUGGGCAAAAACUCGAGAUAUAAUAAAUUUGACAGACUCUCGCAGGAACUUCAUGUUCAUAUGAGGCUUGCAAUAUCUGGAAGCAAGUUAGAUCUUGCAUUGGACUACCUUCCUUAUAUUAGGGAUGCAAUAGUAAAACCACUUAUUAGUGAAGGUGCACCUGGUGUUCCACAAGCCCUCAGUGUACUUAAGAAAUAUUACUUACUGCGAGAAGAUUUGGAAAGUUUGCUUGAAUUAUCGUCAUGGCCAGACCAGAGGGACCCUAUGUCAUUGGUGGACAGCAAAGUGAAAGCUGCUUUGACGAGAGCAUACAACAAAGAAGGCAUAAUGAUACCAUAUGCUGUGCACACUACUGUUAAGAAGAAGGCCGGGGCAUCAUUCAGCGAAAUGGAAGGUGCUGAAGGUGAAGAAACAUUAGAGGAUGUGGAAGAAGAAGAUGAAGAGACAGAUGACAUAAAGUCAGAUGCCAUGAUAAAAAUUGCUAAGAAGAAAACAGCAGCAGCAGAAUCAGCAUCAGGAACUUCUGAAAUAAAAAAGGGAAAGGGGAAAGGCAAAGGAAAACCAAAAAAAAGUAAAUAAUUGUAGUGGGGUGUUUCUCACCCAGUCAAUCAUAUAAGACUUCUAGCGUAAUAUGGAAGAAAUCUAUUUUUUGAAUCAUCACAUUGUUACAUUAUUACAAUUAUUGCCUUAAACAUUAUGUUACAUGCUAACAUUGCAAAAAGCUUUGUACUUGAGAAUAACACAUUAGAUGGUUACUCCUUUUGUAUAUUAAAGACGUGAUUUUAUGGAGUACAGUGUAAAGUAAGAAAAAUAUAAAUAUCUGUGUGGAAAUAUUCUAAAAAUUGCAGUUAUUUCUGGUGUUUCUGUAUUAUAUUGCAACUUAAGUUGUUGGAAUUAUAAUUGCAAUGUACAGUUUUUGUUUUAUGUGAACUGAGUGACAACACUUAGAUGAAUGCAUGAAAAUUUUCCUUGUACUAUUUAUAAGUGAACAGAACAGGUAAACUAUUUUCAUGCCUUUUACAAAUUUAAAACUAACUUUGUUACUUAAAUUGUGUAACUUGUUUGUAAAACAUUUAUAUGUGAUAAGUUUGUGGUACUUUCCUUAGAUGAGGGAAAUUGCAGGUUCAUGACAGGUUAGGAGUGAUGCACAUAUGCUAUUCCUGAUUCACUUGAAGAAAUAUGUUAGAUUUGCCAUUUUUCCAAUCAUAUUUGGAGUGAAACUCAAUAUAUUUUAAUUUUUUUUAUUUUACUUUUGGAUUUGCACAUGGAUUUUAAACAACAUCCUUCAGUUAAAGUUUCCUUUCUCAGUUAUUUUGUGCAAUUUACAUAUCCUUGUGAUUUAUGUUUAAAUGUGUGCGCAAUCCUUAUUUAUUGGCAUUAGUUACCACGUUUAUCCAUCUCAUGCACAAUAAAAUACUUUUGUAAAGUAAUUCCAGAAUUGUCUCAUUAGUGAAAGACUAGCUCAUUAUGUCAAGGAAUCUCCAGACCAAGCUUAGCAGCUACUGCAGUUUAAUGUUCCUGUAUACAUAAACCGUUGUUGAAAAGAUUUGAUGAGGACAAAUUAUCACAGCCACUACGUGGCAAACUCAACCACAAUGACUGGAAUUUUUUUUUAUUUUUGUAUUUAUUUAUUUAUUUUUUUUUUUUUUUGGGGGGGGGGGGUUGUGGGAGGUUAUAUUCCAUUUGUGGGAAUGAUGAUUGACUUAUUGCAAGGUAUUAUUAUUAUUAUUUUUAUUUUUGACAAAAUCACUUGGUUAUAAUUGUAACAUAAAAAAGUGAUUGCGUCAAAAAAAAAAAAAAAUUGUAUUACAAUUUGCAUUUCGUCUGUACAAUGAUCAUAGUUACCAUUUUUUAAUAUUAAGAAAUGUAGUAAUGUCUCACCAACUUUUAAAUAUAUUGUGUAUGGAUGGUACUGGUGGAAAACCAAAAGGUGUAAGAAAGCGGUUUGCUUUUACUAUUAGCAAACAAAUCAUUUCUUGGUCAAUGUAUAAAAAUUAGGUUAACUAAUAAUUACUGCAAAAUCUAAUGUCCUCAUGUACGAGAUGCCUUUUCUCACAAAACUUUACAAGUUAGAUGACUCCUGUUGAAUACUUUUUAUGUUUGAUAUCUCUCAUAAAUUUCUGUACUCACCUCUUUAUCAUACAUUGUAUGUUGUUAUUUUGCCAUAUGACUCAUUUUCACCUUACAUCAGCAGAUGACACACAGAUUUUAGUAUGUUGCAAAAGUUGGCACCAGGUUAGCCAUUCUAUCAACUUUUCUUCAUCUGAUUUCCCAAUAUGUAAUUUAUUUUUGCGUCAUUUCUGAUCUGACAUUUUAUGUAAACUAGCUGCAUGAAUCUCUCUCCCUCUCUCUCUCUCUCUUUCUUUUAAGCUGCCUGAAUCUCUUUCUUUUAAGCUGCAUGAAUCUCUCUCUCUCUCUCUCUCUCUCUCUCUCUCUCUCUCUCUCUCUGUGUGUGUGUGUGUGUGUGUGUGUGUGUGUGUGUGUGUGUGUAAUUUAUUUUUGCAUCAUUUCUGAUCUGACACUUUAUGUAAACUAGCUGCAUGAAUCUCUCUCUCUUUCUUUUAAGCUGCCUGAAUCUCUCUCUCUCUCUCUUUCUUUUAAGCUGCAUGAAUAGUGUUUGUGUGUGUGUGUGUGUGUGUGUGUGUGUGUGUGUGUAUGAGAGAGAGAGAGAGAGAGAGAGAUAGAGAAGCUAUGUUUUUAAUACUAUGUCAUAGGGAAAGUUGCUUUCAUUAUACCAGUACUAAGAACAGCUCCCUAAUUAACUGGAGAAUUGACUGUAUCAUGUGUUUUUCAAUUUUUGUCAAAUUUAAUACAAAGUUAUGUGUAUUAAUGAAAACAGCAAUGUCUUCUACAAGCACAAUAAAACACUUGUAUUGGUUUGAUUAUGACAUAUUGAGCAUAGCAACAUGAAUGAAACUGCACUUUUCCUGAGACAUAUAAAAUGAACUAUAUGCCCUCGAUAAUCUAUUUGUUUAUUUUUAUAAUGUUUUGAGAAUAUGGUGUGUGUGUGUGUGUGUGUGUGUGUGUGUGUGUGUGUGUGUGUGAGAGAGAGAGAGAGAGAGAGAGAGAGAGAGAGAGAGAGAGAGAGAGAGAGACUGACUGACUGACUGACUGACUGACUGACUGACUGUGUUUUUCAUACUGUGUCAUAGGGGAAGUUACUUUUGUGAUACCAGUAGUAAGACCAGUUUCAUAACUAACUGUAGUACUGGUUGAAGAACAGCUUUAUAAUUAACUGGAGUACUGGUUGUAUUGUGUAUAUUUUUUCAAUUUUUGUAAAAUAUUUUUAGAAUACACUUUUUACCAUCAGA